AUGUCUGUAGGCGGAGGCAACACUUUCUCUUCUGAGAAGUUGUGUUGCCAAAUCAACGGCAGCACACGUCAGAUAAAGCUCACGGGUCUGUCGCCAUAUACUUGGUAUAAAGUUUCAGUUAGAGCGGUCACAGUGUUCAAAGGAUCGAGUCGGAAAAUCCAGGAGACUAUUACCGUUAAAUUUCGAACGAGUGACGAAGCACCUACGGCUCCAUUUAAUUGUGAUAUCAAGAAAAGAAACAGCACAUCUAUUCUUGUGUCGUGGAACACUCCUUAUCCGUUUGACUACAAAGUAGAAUUUUACAAAGUAAAGGUCAACUAUGCAUUGAACAGAGACGUUACAGCUCAGUCGCUUACAGUGUACGAUCAGUCCGUUCAACUAAGAAAAUUGCGUCGUUACACGAUGUAUCAUAUAACCGUCGUGGCUGUCACAAACAACACAAGAAUUCUUGAAGGCCCACCUCGCUAUUUGCAAACACGGACUACUUUGCCAGGUACUAGUAUACAGAACUCGUGGAGAAACUCUACGUUUGAUUGA